GAAACAUUCGCCAUCGAAGUAAAAUGCUGGGCAGAACAAACAUGAUUUCGCGGAAGCUAAGUCUUUCGGCUGCUGCUAGGAACAAGGAUGUUUACAUCGUUGGAGCCGCUCGCACCCCCAUUGGCUCAUUCCGAUCUCAACUAGCAAGCCUGUCUGCACCUGAACUUGGAAGCAUCGCCAUAAAAGCUGCUGUUGAAAGGGGCCGAGUGCAGCCGGAGAAUGUCCAAGAGGUUUUUAUGGGUCAAGUAUGUCAGGCCAACUCUGGUCAAGCUCCUGCCCGGCAAGCUGCUCUUGGCGCUGGUUUGAAAACUUCUACCAUUGUUACUACGGUAAACAAAGUGUGCUCGUCUGGUCUGAAGGCAAUCAUGCUUGGUGCUCAGCAGAUCCAAACUGGCACGCAAAAUGUCGUGAUUGGCGGUGGCAUGGAGAGCAUGUCUCAGGUUCCUUUCUACUUGAAUCGUGGUGAAACUGCGUAUGGAGGAAUACAGUUAAUGGACGGAAUAGUGAAAGAUGGACUUACAGAUGCUUAUGAUAAGUGUCACAUGGGUAACUGUGGAGAAAAAACUGCAAAAGAAUUGGGCAUUGGUAGAGAUGCGCAAGAUGAUUAUGCUAUAGGAAGCUACAAGAAAGCUGCUGAAGCUUGGAAGAACGGCAUAAUGUCAGCUGAGGUCGUACCUGUCAGUGUAAAAACCAGGAAAGGGACUAAUGUUGUGGACCAUGACGAAGAGUACCAGAAGGUUAACUUUGACAAGUUGAAACAAUUGAAAGCGGUAUUCCAAAAAGAUGGAACAGUAACAGCUGGCAACGCUUCGACGCUGAAUGACGCUGCUGCAGCUGUGUUGCUUGUUGGUGACGACGCCGUGAAACAACACAAUCUAAAACCCAUCGCAAGAAUACUUGCAUUUGCUGAUGCUGCUUUACAUCCACUUGACUUUGCUCUUGCACCUCCACUUGUAGUGCCAAAGCUACUGAAAAUGGCUGGCUUGAAAAUGGAGGACAUCGACCAGUGGGAGGUGAAUGAGGCCUUCUCCGUCGUUCCGCUAGCGUUCAUCAAGCAGGUUGGAUGCGAUCCAGAAAAGGUCAACCCUCAUGGUGGAGCUGUCUCUAUAGGACAUCCUAUCGGAAUGUCCGGCGCUCGCCUUAUCACGCAUCUUGUUCACGCCCUUAAGUCUGGCCAAAAAGGGCUUGCCGCCAUCUGCAAUGGCGGUGGUGGUGCUAGCGGAAUGAUUGUGGAAAAGUUAUGAGUCAUCAUUGAACCAGGCGCUCUACUUCAAUUUGUCAUGGUUUACCUCUUUGAGUCAUUCACCUUGCUCAAAUGUGCACUUUGCUUUUAUCAGAUGUUUGUGUGUCCUUUUCAUAUCAGCCUUGCUAAUCACCUCAUAUAUUUUCGAAGAGUGCAUUCACUUGCUCAAGUUUAGCAGCCAAAUAAACGUUGGAGGAAUCCA